GUACUUUCAGCAGCGAGUGUGUUUAUUAUGUAACAUGAUUUCGCACAUUCCCAGCUCGAAGUUACCCUGGGCCACGCAAUGAGCGUGCGCCAAACAGAGCGCAGGCGAACGACACGCACUUGUAUUACAGAGGCUUUCGGAAUUCCAAGUAAAAUAAAUAAAUAUUUUCUCCAAAGGAUAAUAGGCAAAAUACCACGUAUCAUUAAAACGAAGGGAUGGAAUUCCCUGUGGAUAUCCUGGCCACCUUGAGCCAUGAAGAUCUGGUGCAUUCGGCUGAAGAUUACAUGUCCGACCUCCUCUACAGUAAUCCCGACAAGGCUGAGCACUUCUCACUUCCAAACUCCCGACGGGUCCCUCUGAGCAUUUCUAAUGUAGGCUUUGUCCCCAUCUACGGAUCUGACCUCCGACACAAAGUGUUGGCUCUUUUCACUCCAGAAGACCAGUUCACAGCUGUGGCUCUGUAUCUGGCAGACAAAUGGUGGGCUGUGGAGGAUAUUCUCAGAACUGCAGAUCCUUCCCGAAAGGGAGUCCUCAAGGUGAGGACUCUUGGGGAGAGGAUAGUGCUGUAUGUGCUCAAUCGCAUAAUAUACAGAUCGAAGGAGAUGAGCAAAAAUGAAGUGCCUUUUCUUUGCCAUAGUGCAAGUGAUUAUGCCAAAAUCCUCUGGAAAAAUGGUGAAGCUGUUGGCUUUUACUCCGUCAAACCCACAGGAAGCUUGUGCAAUAGCUUCUUGACUCAGCGUUACCUUCUGCCUGUCAUGGACUCGAUAUUUGUCCGGAAGAUUUACCGUGGUAAUGGGAAUGGACUUCAGAUAUUGGAGGACUUUGUUGAUUGUUUCAAAGAGGACUCACUUGGGUUGAAGUAUCCAAUUUCAGCUGCCAUGUUAAAAGUGUGUGGACAGUACUUUAACACAUAUCCAGCAGAUAAGGAGUUGCUGUGGGAAGUGGAAAGUGUUGGAGGCCCAUUUCAGAGAUCCAGAAUAGCAAGCAAACUUCAAUCAAUAGCUGUGAGUGAAGUGACUUGCCGUUUGGGGGGAGAUGCACUUUUGCAUGAGAACAACAUUGCCAUGGAAAUGCAAAACGAAACCGUAUCAAACUCUGUUGAAGUCACGGAAGUCAUGAUGGUCAAUAAGCACCUCAGAGCCGACAUUGAAGAAACGCCCGUCUCAACUCGCACAAGAAGCAGCGAUUAUAAACGCAAACGGAUAAGAGAGGAAGCAGAAGUUACUGAAGAAAGCCUGCCAGACAAAAUAACCAGGGUGGAUGAUUCUGCAACAGCAAAGGUGGGGGACUCUGAAGAGGAUGGACAACUGGCCCCAGCUGAUGAGGAAGGGGAGGGGGAGCAGCAACCAGACCCCACUGAUGAGGAAGUGAAAGAUGGAGAUGAGGAAGAACCAAGUCUUGUAAAUGAGGAAAUGGUGGAGGCUGUGGCCCAAGAGACGCCCGCGCAGGAAGAGGAGAAUAUGACCCUGGAGGUGGAGCUCUUGGCAAAGGUGGAGGCGGAGCAAAUAAAUGGUGAAAUCACAGAGGACUUUGGGGAAGAAGAGUCGGAAUGCACUGGGGAACCAGCGGCCACCGAGGAAGAGAAAGGGGAAAAGGAUGUGGAGAUGGAGGAGGCAGUUGAAGAUAAGGACACUGAUAGUGCAGUUCCUGAAGAACCAGAGGAACAGACAUCAGCAGUGGGAGAGGAGGAGAUGUGUGGAGAAAGAGAUGCCCUGGCAGUUGAGGAAGAGUCCCUGCAAGCUGAGCAGACCUCCCCAACAGAAGAGGCCUUGCCAGCAGAUGAUAUGGAGCAGUCCUCUCCAGUAGAAGAGGCCUUGCCAACAGCUGAAGAGCAGACCUCCUCAGCAGAAGAGGCCUUGAUAGUAGUGGAUGAGCAGAGCUCCCCAACAAAGGCAGAGACUCCGCUAGUAGAAGAGGAGGAGGCACAAGCAGUAAAAGAGGAUCUCCCAGAAGCCACGGCAGAGGAAGAACCAUCAUUAUUGGUGGGGGAAGCCCUGGCAGCAGAACCAGAUUCUUCAGUGAAUGAGGACACACCAGUAGACCCAGUGGAAGAUACUGUAGAUAACCAGAAGGCUGUAGACAAGCCUGUCCCAGAAGUAGCUGAUGUAGCCAUAGUUGUGCCUGAUACAGAAAUGCCAGAAGAUGAGGAGGAGGGCAUAGAAGAAAAGAUUAGUACUGAAGCUGCUCCCUUGGAAAAGGUAGAUUCUCCCAGCCCUCCAUUAGACAAGGACACAAUGGAACUCAGUCAAGAUGCUGUUCUGCUGGUUGGCCUGAAGGAGGUAACUUAUCACCUAAAUGGAGACAAUGAGAAUGACCAGACUGCAGAGGAUGUAGAGAAGAUUGAGGAGGAGGUGCCAAAAGGAGAUGAAGCAGAACAGGGGGAAAAGACUGAGGAAGAGAAAGCCACAACCACUGAGGAGGAGGAGGAUGGUGAAACUGCAGAACAGAGCUCGGACGAUGCCAGCGAGCCUCCAGUGGACAUGAGAGUUCUCAGGAAGAAGACCAAAAUAAGCCAAGCAACCCCUAAACGGAAGUCCACACGGCUCAACAAGAGACCGCUAGAGGAUGAGCAGACGGAGCCAGAAGAUGAAAGCAUGGAGAAAGAGGAGGAAAAGGCCACAACCACAGAGGAAGAGGUAGCAGAGAAGAGUUCAGAUGAGGAGGAUGAGACAGAUGAGCCUCCAGUUGUGGACAGGAGAGUUCUUAGGCUGAAGACCAAAGCGAGUCAGUCACCAUCUAAACCAAGAGCGAAACGGCGCAGUAAGAUUUAAAGUCAUAGGGUAGUCGCUGGAAGAACUGGCUUUUUUAUUUGGGAUGUAUGCGAUCUGGGAGGGGUGGGGUGGGGGUGGGCUACAGAGGAAACUCAUGUGGGUGUAGGAUUUUGCUGUUAUUGCAUGCUGUAAGAUUACAAUUUUCUCCCAAAAAGCUACAUUUGGGGGGAAAAAAUAGUUUUUUUACAUUUGAAUACUGCUUAGCAUUGCUGUGAAAUUUUGGAAACAUUUUUACACGUCUCUAUUAUGUUGCUGUCAUAAUCACUCAUUUCAGUAGUUUUGUAGGCAUUUUAUUCUGAUUAUUUUUCAGCUUAAUAUUUUGAAUAUUUAAGAAGGGUUUGUUGCUAAGUUAAAAUGCAGUUUUCUACGCUUGCAGCUUUUACUUCAGGACAAACAAACACUUUGCACACUAGGUUUGGUGUCUUGAUAAAAUGUUCAAUCAUCUAUGGUCUGUAGAAAGCUUAAACAACGUCCUGAUUCAACAAUUAGUUGCUAAAACCUGUAUAUGUGUCUUAACACACCUGUCAAUGGGGAUACUUUGAGAAGGAUACAGAUAUGAAAAACUGGUCUGUUUAUUUUUAUUUGGAGAAUAAGUAAAGGCCUUUUGCUUUAGAUAAAUAUGUGAAUAAAACUGGCUUUCAUGUUUCAGUGACAAAAACGGGAAAAAAAACAUUAUCCAGAAGAGUGUUUGUUUCUCAGUCUUUCCUUAUUUUUAAAUUAAAUGAUUGGAAAUAUGAUCUGAAUUAAAAUUAUAUAUACAAUUAAUUCCAAUCAUUAGAUGACAAGGUCAUAAUAUAGUGAUUAACAUAGGCCUACGUUUUGGCUAGAUUUUAAAAGUUAUAGAAAUAAAAUUAUUAUUCAUACCAAAAAUAUUUUCUAGUAAUAUGAGGGGGAAAAAACAGUACAACAUUCACUGUAACAUAACAUUUCUAUAUUUCUUACACAGUUCCAAGCUGAGAAAUUUCUUCCAAAAUUGUAGUUUACCCUCAGAUGGGUUUUAAAACAAACGUUACUGAUUCUUAGUGAAUGUUGUGCUUAGGAAUUUAUCUUGGUGUUGCAAACUUGCUUAAGUUUGCGGACACUCAAAAAGUAUGAAAAGAAGCAUUUUGAAAUGGAUGUAAACCGUCGGGUUGGAUGGCCGAAGGCACCAGAAUAUGGUGUCUGCUCACUGAGAUCACCUGUCAAGGUAUAAACAUUUAAAAUGGUUUUAGUAAGAAAUACAUCAAAUUUAAAGUGGGAAUACCAAUGUUGCCAAUAAUUGAUGCUUUACCUUUUAAGUGUAGUAAACCACAUCUCCACAUACGAAUAAAAGUCUGUGAAGCCAAAGCAGCUUUUGAGCAUUAUGCUUAUAUCUAUCUACCUACCUUGUUUUUCCUUUUUAUGUGUAUAAUCUACUGUAUUUAGACUGACUUUUAUAUGAAUGCUUUUUAGUUUACAUUAGAAUUCAGAAUGUACUCAUGAUAUUUUAGGCUUAAGCUGCGAUAGGGCAAGAGUAACCAAUCAUCUUUUUUGCUGGUUAAAUACACCAUAUGAAAAACUCAUUUUGGUCAUGGAAUAAUGAACACUGCCAUAUGGAUCCACAGUAUGGGCAUGUUACUUUAGGUUCUCACAUUUGGUACUAUUAAAAUACAAAACAAUGUCACAUGUAUGAAAGGGCUUAUAUUGUUUUCUCUGCUUACACUCUGGUGACCCUAUAACUUUGUCUUUGUGUCUCUUCAUAUUUGUUCACUCCAGAGGGACUGUACACAUGUAAGUCCCGAGUCACUAAACCACGUUUUAAAGUACCAUUUUGCCUCAAACCUUCAAAGCUGGCGGUAUGCAUAAAUGAUACAUAAGCACCCUCACAUGGUGGAAGAUGUUUGUUUUUUUUGGAUAGGAACGCAAAUGUGAGGUACCUAUCAGAAGCACAAAUUUCACGAGGUUGCACUCUGUUCCAAAUGUGCACAUCCAUUUUUAUCUUUUACUUUUUUGAUUAAAGGAAUGGUUUGCAUUUCUGUUCCACAUUUAGGUGAUAUACAAUUCCAAAAGGUACACUUAAAGGAUCCCGCUUCAUCCUGUUGUAUUAAUGUCAUCCUGCAUCCUCGUCUUAUGUUGAUGCUGCUGUACAUAUGUCAAGAACUCAAGUCUUAACGGUCCACUACCACCGAUUUUACAAUUUUCAUGAUGUUUUGGUAAGGAUGUUAUUUCACACAAUCUGCUGUAUAAAGGUUGCAACUGGAUACCUGAAUACUUCAAAACAGUGAUUCUCUGGUAGUGAAUAAAGAUUCUUGUUAAACAACUUAA